AUGUGGAAUCUUGAACAUGAUUGGUACUCUCCCAAGAGGCUUCUCAGCACUCCCACCCAUUAUGAUUUUCCAGGUGAUCGCUUCAUUCCCAACAGGAGUUUGAUGGAUCUUGAUCAAGCCCAGAGUUUGCUCACAAACAGGACCAAAAAAUUUCACAAUAAAAAAUUCAAUGACGUGUACAGACAGAUAGUGGAUGACAAAUUAAGUUUGGAUUCAGAAGGAAAGGCAUUUAGGAUGUUGGUUUUUAGGGGAAGUCCAAAAUCAAGCAGAAAAUCCAUUCGUCAUAUAGAUGAGAUGCGAGAGGAAGAGGCAGCGGCAUUGCAAAACACUAGCAAUCAACAUCCCUACUCUAGAAGAUUGCCUAAGGGAGAAUCAAGGAUAUUGGAUGCACCAAAUAUUAGAAAUGAUUACUACGCAAACAUCAUGGAUUGGGGGGGAAACAACAUUCUGGCUGUUGCUUUAGGCUCAGACAUGUACCUUUGGAACUCAGAGAACAGUAAUGUAAUAAAGUUGUUUAAUGCCGCUAGCAAUGACUUUCCUACUAGUGUUUCCUGGUCAGAGGAUACCCAUUACUUGGCAAUAGGAUUUAAGAGCUCAGAACUUGAACUCUGGGAUGCAGAAACUUCCAAACCAAUAAGGAUCCUCGAAGGUCAUGGUGAAAGGAUAGCAACAAUUGCAUGGAAUGGUCAUAUUUUAACUUCUGGAAGCCAUGACAAGUAUAUAAUCAAUCAUGAUGUUAGAGCAAGAACAAAUGUGAUAUCCCGGGUAAAAGCACACAAAGCAGAAGUUUGUGGUCUGAGAUGGUCAAGAAGGGGCAACAUAUUGGCAAGUGGUGGAAAUGAAAAUCAUAUUUAUGUAUGGGACUUGGCCAAAAUGAGUUCAUCCAAAUUCUUGCAUUGUUUUAAGGACCAUUGUGCUGCAGUGAAGGCACUUGCCUGGUGCCCUUAUGAUUCAGGUGUGCUUGCUUCUGGAGGUGGCACUGAAGAUAGAUGCAUCAAGUUAUGGAAUGUAAAAAAGGGAUCAUGCAUUUGCAGCAUAGAUACAAAAGCUCAGGUUUGUGGAUUAGAAUGGAAUAGACAUCACAAGGAGGUAUUAAGUGGACAUGGAUUUAGCACAAGUGCACAUCACAACCAACUUUGUUUGUGGAGGUAUCCAUCUAUGACUAAAGUGGGAGGCUUGGACCGUCACACUUCCCGAGUACUCGAUCUAUGUCAGAGUCCAGAUGGUUUAACAGUGGUGUCAGCUGGGGCAGAUGAAACUCUUCGUUUUUGGAAUAUAUUUGGGCCACCUGUCACUAAUACUUUUGAGACAGAUUUGGGUAACUUUUUAUCUCUCAAGGUAUCUCCGAUAAGGUGA